ACAAAAGGAUCGAUCUUUUGUAUUUUUGAGUUUGUCAUUUGUUUAGUGUUCGAUCUCUGUUUUGAUGCGAUUUCUCUGCUUUUAACGGCGAUUGAUUGAUUUUUUCCGGCAAAGCUGAGUGAGAGAAGAAGAAGAAGAACAAUGGAGUUUACAGAUUUCUCAAAGACGAGUUUUUAUUACCCGUCGUCGCAAAGCGUUUGGGAUCUCGGAGAUUUAGCGGCGGCGGAGAGGAAUUCUUUAGGGUUUAUGGAGUUAUUGGGUUCUCAGCAUCAAGACUUUGCUACUGUUUCUCCUCAUUCCUUCCUUCUCGAACCGCAACUGCAACCAUCGGCGAAGCUGUCUUCAAGUAUCCUUCAAGCUCCACCGUCAGAGCAAUUAGUGACGUCAAAGGUGGAGCCUUUGUGUUCGGAUCAUUUGUUGGCAAACCCACCGGCGACUCCUAACUCGUCAUCGAUUUCGUCUGCUUCAAGCGAGGCUCUAAAUGAAGAGAAACCGAAACGAGAAGGCAACGAAGAAGAUGAACAAGAAGAGAAGAGUCAUACUAAGAAACAGUUAAAACCAAAGAAGAAUAAUCAGAAGAGACAGAGAGAGGCAAGAGUCGCAUUCAUGACAAAGAGUGAGGUUGAUCAUCUCGAAGAUGGUUAUCGCUGGAGAAAAUAUGGUCAAAAAGCUGUCAAAAACAGUCCUUUUCCCAGGAGUUACUACCGUUGCACAACGGCUUCAUGUAACGUGAAGAAGAGAGUGGAGAGAUCAUUCAGAGAUCCAAGCACUGUGGUUACAACCUACGAAGGUCAACACACACACAUUAGUCCACUCACGUCUCGUCCUAUUUCCACUGGAGGUUUCUUCGGAUCAUCAGGAGCUGCUUCGAAUCUCGGUAAUGGUUGCUUUGGGUUUCCUAUUGAUGGCUCUACGUUAAUCUCCCCUCAGUUCCAACAGCUUGUCCAUUACCACCACCAACAACAACAACAAGAACUCAUGUCAUGUUUUGGAGGAGUCGGUGAGUACCUUAAUAGCCACGCAAAUGAGUAUGAUGAUGAUAAUCGUGUGAAGAAGAGUCGAGUUUUGGUUAAAGAUAAUGGACUUCUUCAAGAUGUUGUUCCGUCUCAUAUGUUGAAGGAAGAGUAGUAUAUAGUUUUCUUAUAGUAUUUAAUCUAGUUUUUUUCUUUUCUUGCUGUAUAAUUGUCUAAAAGAAACGGAUCUUUUGUCCUCGUGAAGAUGUUUUCUUGUGGUUCUAAAAUCGUUAGGUAAUGAAUGUAUCAAGCCGCG